CAGGUAUUGGAUAUUGAACAUCAGACGCUGACCUUGACCUUUUGUGCGCAGGGUACGUGUUUCCUGUUAGUCGUGAGGUUUCUGGGGUUAGUUGUCGUUUGCAGUCUGGUCGGUAGAUUGCAAAUCUUUGCAUUAUUAAGUAGCUAGUAUGGAUCAAAACACAUUACGGAAUAUCUUCAGAAGGGUUGACAAAGAUGGGAGCGGAAGCAUUUCUGCUAAUGAAUUGCAAGCUAGUUUGUCAAACGGUUUGGGAACAGUGUUCAACUUGAGAACUGUACAACUAAUGAUAACAAUGUUUGAUCGUGAUAUGAAUGGUACAAUUGGCUUUGAUGAAUUCUGCAGUCUAUUCAAGUAUGUUCAAGACUGGCAACAAUGUUUUCGACGAUAUGAUCGUGACAAUUCUGGUUCAAUUGACCGUCAAGAGUUCAGUAAUGCUUUGUGUAGUUUCGGUUAUCGUCUAUCUCCACAAUUUAUUCAACUUAUGAUAAGUCGUUUCGAUCGAAAUCGUCGAGGAUGUAUUGCAUUUGAUGAUUUCAUUUAUGCAUGUGUAUGUUUACAGACUUUGACAGGAGCUUUUAGACAGUAUGACUAUCGGAUGGUCGGCCAAGCUCAAUUUUCUUUUGAACAGUUUUUGACAGCAGCGUUUUCAGUUGUUAUUUAAAUUUUCACUACGAAGUUUCUACUGGAAAUUUUUUUAUACUUUACUUUAUUCCCCUUGUUGAAUUCAGCUUACCUUUGCUUUGUUAAAACAUUAUUUGUACGUGUCUGAUUUUUGCGAUUUCAAUGUUAUUUUCUCGUGCUCUCUCUCUUUCUCUUUCCUUGUGCGCUGCAUUUGUUUGUUUUGUAUAUUGUAUUUUCCUAUCUGAACUAUUGAUAGUUGAUUUAAUUUUUUUUCUGUGAGAGACAACCAAUAUAUCAAUACCAUGAAAUGAAUUUUUAAAGUUUUAUGUUUUUAUAUGGGUAUGUUUUUGUAUAAGUGUAAGCGAUUUCUAAUUAACCUUACCAUCAUCCUCUUCUUUUUGUAUCGUUAAAUGAUUUGUGAGGUAAAAGUCUAC